UUGGCUGUCUUAGCACAUUUGAAUCUGAAAAACUUCAGAUCACACUGCAUCACCGUCGAGCUCACUGGGGUCUGAAAUCUGAUGCGCUAAUCCAGCUCUCCCAUCUUGGACUCUUGUCAGGAUGCAAAUCAGGAAAAUCAGGAUGCUGUUUGUCUUCUUUGUCUUGUGUGCUGGGUUUUUCCUGGAUACGGGAGUGUGCACUGCAGUGCAACCAGAGCUGAGAAUCACAACAAUAAAGCAAGAGCCAUAUGCAAUGCCCAAAGGCACACAAUUGGAGGGGUUUUGCAUGGACCUGCUGUCUGAAGUAGCCAAGAAAGUGGGCUUCAAGUACAAAGUGCAGCUGGUGAAAGAUGGUUCAUACGGCAGACAGGAUGAGAACGGGAACUGGAAUGGGAUGAUUGGAGAGGUGGUGAGAGGCGAGGCAGACCUUGCGAUUGCUCCGUUGACUCUCACAGCAGCUCGCGAGAAAGCGGUGGGGAUGACCAAACCGUUCAUGCAGACAGGAAUCAGCAUCCUGCUGAGAAAGGACAUCUCAGAGGGAACAAGAUUCUUUGAUUUCCUGACCCCCUUUACAGCUGAGACUUGGGUCGGUAUACUCAUUGCCUACCUGGGGACCGCUGUUUGCAUCUUCAUAGUUACCAGACUCAGCCCAUAUGAGUGGAGUCAGCCUCAGAGUGAGCAGAACAGAUUCAGCCUUGUCCACAGCCUGUGGUACACAGCUGGAGCUCUGACUCUACAAGGUGCUGGUCCUCACCCCAAAGCUCUUUCAGGACGCGUCAUCUGCUGCAGCUGGUGGUUAUUUACUGUCGUCCUCCUGGCUUGUUAUUUCUCCAACCUCAGCUCCUCUAAGACCGCUGAGUCCACUCACCUGUCCGUGAAAGGGUUUGACGACUUGGCCAAUCAGGACAUGAUUGAGUACGGCUGUAUGGCUGGAUCUUCCACCCUUGCCUUCUUCAAGAAUUCAAACAAUCCAGUGUACCGCAGAAUCUAUGAACACAUGGAGAGAACUAAGAGUUUUGUGUCAUCUAUGGACGAAGGGGUCCAGCGUGCAAAAGAGGGAAACUUUGCCUUUAUUGGAGAGUCUGUUUCUUUGGACUUGGCAGUAGCACGCUAUUGUGAACUGGUCAGAGCACAUGAAGUCAUCGGCAUGAGGGGAUACAGCAUUGCUGCCAACCUAGGUUCACCCAUCAUAAAGAACCUCAGUGUGGCAAUUCUACAACUGAGCGAGGCAGGGGAGCUGGCUUACCUGCGAAGCAAGUGGUGGGCCAGCAGCUGCAUAGCAAACAAGGCCAAGUCUUCAGCUGUGCAGCCGCACAGCCUCAAGGGGAUGUUUCUGGUUCUUUCCCUGGGCCUGGGGCUGGGAGCACUGCUGGCUGUCCUGGAGCUCACCUCCAAGAGCCGCAGAAGUGCAGCUGAGCAGAGGAAAUCCUGCUGCACUGUGAUGACUGAAGAACUGAGUUUGCGCUUGAGGACCAGCAAAGCAAACAGACCCCAGGAAAAUGUUGACAAAGAAAAAGCAUAGAAACAUUCUGGAAACAUGUUGUUUUAACAAACUGAAAACUUGACUCAUUUUUUUUAACUUUUAGUUCUAGAAUUUGUUCUAAUGUUUGACAGAAACAUUAACUUAAUUGUAACUUUUAAAUGUUCUAACCUGUAAAGAUAUAUCAGAUAAAAAAGAAACUAAAAUUACAUUUUAAAGUAAAAAAAACUCACAUUUUAAUCAAAAUAAUCAAUUUAUUGUUUUUCAAUUAUGAACGCUACAAUUUCAAUGAAAAAGCAAACCGUAUACUUUAAAUAUUAUAAAAAAUAAUUAUUAAAAUGAUCAUUGAUUAUACUUAAAAACUGAAAAGGUGACUAACAAAUAGUGCUCAUGGACUUGUUAUUUUUUUUAAGUUACUUAGGCUACUUUUUUAUGACUGCAUCAUGCUGUUUUGUACAGUUGGCAAUGGCAUCACAUAAUUUCAACAAUUUCUUUUAAAACAUUGUUACAUACAUGAAAACUGUGUUGAUUGUAAACAUUCCAGCAUCAUGCAUACAACAGUGUGGAUUGUAAACAUUACAGCAGGCCUAAAUUAAUAAAAACGGUCUAAUUGUGUAA